CACUCCUCGACAUCCAUCAAAGCUAUAACCCACUAAUACACCUUGUCAAACACCACCAUCCCCACCACCACUCUUAGCCACCACUCAAAAUGCGUUUCUUCGCCACUCUCCUCAUCUCCCUCGCCGCGGGCGCCUACGCCUCUCCUCACGCUCUGUCCGAGGAACGCAGCGCCGGCCUCGAGACCAGGGCCACCGUCCCGGAACACUUCCAGUGCAAGGAGGACCGCGACUGCGUGGAGCGCAACGUCGGCAACUGCUGCGGCUACUACCCCAUGUGCGCCAACUCCGAGGCCGUGCUACCGCACCCUUGCCCCAGCGGCGGCUUCGGUGUCUGCGGCUGGCCCGUGAUUGACCAGUGCAAGUGCGGAAGCAAGGGGGGAUGCAUGUCGCUCCAGAGCGGAAACAUCGUCCAUGGAAGCGAGUGGGAAUAAAUGGGCUGCUGUGAGCAUCGGACGGUGUCUCGUUAAUUUGUCUGGUAUCUGUGGGAGGAAAAGGGGGUACGCAUUAUGAUGAACAUGCUUAUUGGAUAUCGGGAUGGGUGGUUAUUACGGUUAUGGCAAAAUCAUGAGCGG